AUGAGGGGCCUGCAGUUGACUGCCGACGGUGGGAAUGGAUUGGGGAUUCCGGCGGAGGAUGCCGGCGAGGAGGACAAACUGCUGAGCUCGUUCGACGAGGAAAGUUCCGGGCAUUUGCGGAGGAUACAGGUGACCGUGACGGGGAUGAUGUGUGCGGCGUGCUCGAAUUCUGUGGAAUCGGCUCUCAUGGACCUAAAUGGCGUCGUUAGAGCCGUCGUCGCGUUGCUUCAGAACAAGGCUGAUGUCAGCUUUGAUCCUAUUUUAGUAAAGGAUGAUGACAUUAAGAAUGCAAUAGAAGAUGCUGGAUUUGAAGCGGAAAUUCUACCUGAGCCGAGCACAUCUCAGUCUAAGCUGCAUAGGACCUUAAUAGGAAUCAUAUGUAAGCUUCCGGGUGUGGAAAAACUUGUGGUCGCCUUGGCUACAUCGUUUGGAGAGGUUGAGUAUCACCCAUCCAUUAUCAGUAAGGAGGAUAUAAUUAAUGCGAUCGAAGAUGCUGGUUUUGAAGCUUCUUUUGUACAGAGUCAUGAGCAGGACAAAAUUGUGCUAGGGGUUGCUGGGGUUGUAAGUGAAGUGGAUGUACAGGUUUUGGAAGGAAAUCUUUGCAACUUAAACGGUGUGAGGCAAUUUCAUUUCGAGCGAAGAACUAGAGAUUUUGAAAUUCAUUACGAUCCAGAGCUCCUCAGUUCUAGACCGAUUGUUGAUGAGAUUGAAACUGGCAGAGCACUAAGAAAUGGUUCCACCAACAUGGAUGUCCUGGUUGCAUUGGGAACAUCAGCUUCAUACUUUUACUCUGUAUGCGCGUUACUAUACGGUGCCAUGACCGGGUUCUGGUCCCCGACUUACUUUGAAGCAAGUGCAAUGCUAAUUACAUUCGUACUUCUAGGUAAGUACUUGGAAAGUCUUGCAAAAGGAAAGACAUCUGAUGCUAUCAAAAAGCUCGUGGAGCUUGCUCUUGCUACUGCUAUAUUGCUUAUCAAAGACAAAGGUGGGAAAGUUGUUGGAGAUAGAGAAAUUGAUGCUUUAUUGAUUCAGCCUGGUGAAAUAUUAAAAGUACUCCCAGGUACAAAGGUUCCUGCUGACGGUUCGGUUGUGUGGGGCUCAAGUUAUGUAAACGAGAGUAUGGUUACUGGUGAAUCUGCUCCAGUUCUGAAAGAAGUCAAUUCUUCAUGUAUUGGUGGCACAAUCAACUUGCAUGGUGCCCUUCACAUACAAGCCAAUGAAGUAGGCUCGAACACAGUUUUAAGCCAAAUUAUCUCUCUGGUUGAGACGGCUCAGAUGUCUAAAGCUCCCAUUCAAAAAUUUGCAGACGUUAUUGCUAGUGCUUUUGUCCCUGUAGUAGUAAGUGUGGCGUUGCUGACCUUAGUGGCAUGGUAUUUUGCUGGGGUUCUUGGAGGCUACCCUGAAGAGUGGCUGCCUCAGAAUAGCAAUUAUUUUGUUUUCUCCCUUAUGUUUGCAAUAUCAGUUGUGGUGAUUGCAUGUCCAUGUGCACUUGGAUUGGCCACCCCAACAGCUGUCAUGGUAGCAACAUGUGUUGGAGCUAACAAUGGCGUGCUUAUAAAAGGAGGAGAUGCAUUGGAGAAAGCACAAAAGGUCAAAUAUGUCAUAUUCGAUAAGACUGGAACUCUAACCCAGGGGAAGGCAACAGUAACCACUGCGAAACUUUUUUCAGGCAUGGAUCGUGAUGAAUUUCUUAAAUUAGUAGCUUCGGCAGAGGCUAGUAGUGAGCACCCACUGGCCAAAGCGCUACUUGAAUAUGCUCGUCAUUUCCAUUUCUUUGAUGAACCUGCUUCUACUAAGGAUGAUCUGACACGUGGGCCAGAAUCUAACUCCUUUGGAUGGCUCCUUGACGUCUCAGAAUUUUCUGCUUUGCCUGGACGUGGUGUGCUGUGCUUUAUAGGCGGGAAAAAGAUUUUGGUUGGUAAUCGGAAGCUAAUGACUGAGAAUCGUGUUGCAAUCCUGGAGCAUGUUGAAGAUUUUGUUGUAGAGUUGGAAGAAAGUGCCAAGACCGGAAUCCUUGUGGCUUACGAUAACCACAUUAUUGGUGUUCUAGGGUUAGCAGAUCCUUUGAAGAGGGAGGCUCCGGUUGUCAUUGAAUGCCUCAAGAAAAUGGGUGUGACUCCUGUUAUGGUUACUGGUGAUAAUUAG